AUGCUUCACGGUCAGCUCAAUCAUGCCCAAUCUCUGCCCCGUUUCAGCCUGCAGUCGACUUCAGGCACUGUGUACGUGGAGCCAAACGAGGUCGUUGCAUUGACCGAUGAGCUCCUGGAAGGUCAAAAGGAACUGAAGCUGCUGGUUCGUCGCAUUCUUGGGACAAUGUCCCUGGCACUCUCCCAUGCGGCGAAGGACAUUCGGCGGUGCUUGGAGGCGGCGGCCCGCAUUGACCUAGCGCGCGCGAAACUGUUUCUGGGCGAGGACAUGGAAGGAGAGGUGCCCAAUGUUGGAGAUGAUGGGAUCAUAGAGGUGAAACAGGCAAGGAAUCCCUGCCUCAUACUGCGUGGUGGCAAGCGGGUAGUAGGUUAUCGCCUCGAGCUAGGGAAGUCAAGCCAGGGACUACUCCUUACAGGCCCGAAUGCCGGGGGCAAGACGGUCGUCCUGAAGACCUUGGGACUUCUCGCCCUGCUGGCACGCUGUGGCAUUCCGGUGCCAGCAGGAGAGUCUCCGCGAGUUGACUUCUUCGAGGUUGUCCUGGCAGAUGUGGGUGACAUGCAAACGAUUGUUGAUGACUUGUCAACUUACUCUGCACAUCUCGUAGCGUCCCGCAUCAUGCUCUCGAGCGUCCGGGAUGCCGGGCCACGAGCGAUGGUUCUCGUGGAUGAGGCCGGGACUGGAACGGAUCCCCAACAGGGAGCAGCUCUGGCCCGAGCCAUGCUGGAGGCAUUUCUGGAAUCGGGCGCUCGUGUCGUUGCGACAACGCACUGCGUUCAGCUCAAGAACUGGGCCACGGAG